AUGGCCGUCGUCAACGGGACCGGCUCCCCCAAACCGGUGCUGUUCUUUGAUGUCGACAAUUGCCUCUAUUCCCGGAGCGCCAAGGUCCACGACUACAUGGUAGAACUAAUUGAUCAGUACUUUGUCAAGCAUCUCGACGUGCCUGCCGAGGAGGCGGCGAGGCUGCACAGGGACUAUUACACAAACUACGGCCUGGCCAUCGAGGGCCUCGUGCGCCACCACCAGAUUGACCCCCUCGACUACAACGCCAAGGUCGACGAUGCCCUGCCCCUCGAGGACAUCAUCAAGCCAGACCCGGAGCUGCGCGCGCUGCUCGAGGACAUCGACAAGUCCAAGGUCACCAUGUGGCUGCUCACCAACGCCUACGUCACCCACGGUCAGCGCGUCGUGCGGCUGCUUGGCGUCGAGGACCUCUUCCAAGGGCUGACGUACUGCGACUAUGCGGCGCGGCCGCUCAUUUGCAAGCCGGACCCUGAAAUGUACACAAAGGCCAUGCGCGAGGCUGGCGUCGAAAACGUCCAAGACUGCUUCUUCGUGGACGACUCCCAUCUCAACUGUACGAAAGCCAAGGAGUUUGGCUGGACAGUCGCUCACCUCGUCGAGGACGACUUGCCGGUUCCCAAGACGCCAGCUUCGCAAUACCAGAUCCGGCACUUGCGAGAAUUGCGAAAGAUUUUCCCCCAGUUCUUCAAGUUGCCAUCACCUUGA